AUGAAGCAAAACCGCUCUGCAUCCUCAUUCCAGCAGAGCAAUGAUAGCAAAUGGCUCGGUAACCCGUGCAACUCAACUUUUGUUCGCCAAUAUAUGAAAGCCCUCAAACGUCAAAAGGCCCGGGAAGGAGAGUCGCCCCAGAGCGUGAUGGCGAUAACAGAGGAGAAAAUCAAGCAGCUGUACGAAAAGAACUCUGAAGCAACGCUUCAAGCUCUGUUCAACCGAGCAAGAGCGAGAGAAGAUCGGUCCUGGGGAGGACCUCGCCAGAGACUAAUGAUGAGUCUUGCUUAUGCAAUAUCAUUCCUCUGCUUGCUCCGUCUGGACGAGGUUUUGAACAUUCAAGUCGAAAACUUCACGAUCCACAACCUGCAGACUGGAAAAUUGGAGAUUGUGUUGGACUUUCGAAAGACACAACAGGCUGGGGAGGUUCAGCCCUUUUACCUCUACUACAACCCGGAGAAGCCCUGGUUAGAUGUCCCACGGCUGUUGCUUGAGUGGCUCCGCGCGUCUCAAAUUGAGGAGGGUUACGUGUUUAUACCGUUCUACCACUCGGAUCAACCAAAAUCCAUGCCUGGGACACAGAAGAAGCUAUCCCAUGCAGUCUUUUUGCAAGACUUUCGCUACAAUCUCCAGGAAGUUGGGGCAAAGUAUGAGAUGUAUGGUGGCCACUCCUUCCGCCGGGGUGGUGCGCAGUGGUUUAUUGGUGUUCGGCGCUGGAAUGUUAUAAAGCUCUGCAGGUACGGUGGCUGGAGCAAAGAGUUUGACCCAGUGACGAUUAUACGUUACUUGGUCGCUAUUUUCGACGAAUGGUUCAUGAAACCUGAGGACUACAUGAACCCCGACUACCAACAAGAGGGCGAGAUGUGUCCUGCCUGCCUCCGUAGGUGUGAUUGCACGUAG